AUGGCUCCCCUCACAGCAGCCGACAUUGAUUUUAUCGACACGCCGCCUCAGCCGCCGUGCACCAUUGAGCCGGUUGGCGACUGUGGCGUGAAGACCACCACUUCCCCCACAAUCUACAACCCUCCUCUCCCGGCCGACGGCCCCGGUGCCGCCGACUUCUCCAAUGUCGUGCUUGCCUCGCUCCUGUUCGGCCUGCCGACCUUCCUGGCGUGGAAGAUUGGAGGUGGCACAAAGACCAUCGUCUUCUUCAUCAUAAUCUUCUGCCUGCCCAUCCUGAUCGCAUACUGGGCCUUCAAGUCCAACUUUAGCCCGCGCAUCAACGACAAGGUCAAGCUGCCCGGCCGCCCCAUCGACCACUACCUGACCUUCAAAAAGCCCGAGGACCAGGCCAAGUACAGCGUUCGCGGCGCCAAGAUCUCGAUGGAGACCUUCCACGAGAUGUACUUUGCCGGCGAUGUCGACAUCAAGGGAGACAUGCUCGAUGUCCUCGAGUACCGCCACGACUGGGCCACCUUUGACUUUACCAUUGGCAUUUUCAAGUUUCUGUUGCUCACCUUUUUCCCCGAUGUCAUCUUCCACUCGCGUUCCCAGGACGAGAACCAGGUGCGGGACACCUAUGACCGCGGUAAUGACUUCUACGCCUGGUUCUUGGGCCCCCGCAUGAUCUACACGUCUGGUAUCAUCUCGGACCCCGACCGCGAGGAAACUCUCGAGGAGCUUCAGGACAACAAGCUCGCCAUCGUUAUGGAGAAGAUCGAGCUCAAGGAGGGUGAGCGCCUCCUUGAUAUCGGCUGCGGUUGGGGAACCCUCGCCCGCUUCGCCAGCGUCAACUACGGUGCCAAGGUUACCGGUGUCACUCUUGCCCGCGAGCAGGUCGCUUGGGGUAACGCAGGCCUCCGCGCCGCCGGUGUCCCUGAGGAGCAGAGCCAGCUUUUGUGCUGCGACUACCGCGACAUCCCCGGUGACAAGAAGUUCAACAAGAUCACGGCGCUCGAGAUGGCUGAGCACGUCGGUGUCCGCCGCAUGGUGACCUUCUGGAGGCAGGUCUCUGACCACCUCGAGGACGACGGUAUCCUCUACGUGCAGGUCUCUGGUCUGCGCAAGGCCUGGCAGUACGAGGACUUCAUCUGGGGUCUCUUCAUGAACAAGUACAUCUUCCCCGGUGCCGAUGCCUCCACCCCGCUCGGCCCCUAUGUUGAUCAGCUCGAGUCCGCCGGAUUUGAGAUCAAGAGCGUCGACACCGUUGGUGUUCACUACUCUGCAACCCUGUGGAGAUGGUACCGUAACUGGCUCGGCAACGCCGACAAGGUCAAGGCCAAGUAUGGCAACAAGUGGUACAGGAUCUGGGAGUAUUUCUUGGCUUCUGCCACCAUUGCCUCCCGCCAGGCCAGUGCCACCUGCUUCCAGAUUGUUUGCGUCAAGAACCUCAACUGCGUCCACCGCAUUGAGGGUGUCAAGUCGCAGUACGGUCUCUUGGGCGCCCUGGAGGCGAGCAAGGCUGCUGGCAAGAACAGGCUGCCGGAUCUGCCGGAAACCAAGAAGGCUUAA